AUGCACGAGCUUCCGAACGACCUCGCGCAAAGUCUUCGAAGCUACAGAGGGAGUAUGUAUAGCGGAGGUCGCAAGAAUGAUCGAAACGGACCGGACGAUGUCGACCUAGAGAAAGGUGAGGGAGGGCAGGACGACGGAGUGGACAGCGAGGGGGAGCAGGACGAGCGGGCGAAUGCAACGCAGAAUUCCCCCGACUUGCAUCCGCCCAAGUCCGAUCAAGGACAAGCUCAGUCGCAUGAACAGGAUGGAGGGAAGUCAAGAGCGUCCGGGAGGCAGGAACAGCGCACAAAACAGAAACGGCCAGAGGUCGACACCCAAAUCGAGAAAGCCAAAUCAAAGGCAACCGCAAACACCCCAGCAAAGCAGAGCAUCUUUGACGCCGACCCAGUCAAGGAUCCUGACGGCGCAGCUGAUCGACUCGCCCAAGACCUCACACCUCUCGGGGUGCAAGACUUCUACCAGUUGAUGGGGCUGCGAGAGCCGAGCUCUGCACAUGAAGAGAUGAGCAAGCUGGCCUAUAAGAAUGGCCUGGUUGGAAAGAUACUGCGGAGCCUGAAGCACACCCAGGAGAAGUACCGCGCCUUCGCGGUAGCGGUGUACGCCCUGCUCGUCCUACAACUCGCAAUUGCAGCUGUCUUCAUCGUGCUGGGCGCUCUUGGGAACUUGGACACACAUGUCGCGAUCGCCGUGCUGGGCGCUAUUUCGACGGUCAUAGCCGGUGCGCUGGCAUUGAUGCAGGGUCAAGGUCUUCCGAACCGGUUGAGAGUGACAAGAAAUAGUCUGCGAAAUGUGGUGUUUGAGGCUGAGGAGCUUUUCUGGGACGUUCGCGCUGGUGGAGCUAUACUGUACAAAGAUGUGAAGAAACUGCGAGAGGAUUACCUUCGGGUGCUGGAGGAGCAGAGGAGGAAUCAUCCCGAUACAUUCAACUCCGUGACCAAGACGAUCGCAGCAGCGCCCGAGAGGGUAGGCGGUGGGAAGAGGGGAGUUGAAAUUGAGAUGUUUGACAAAUAG